AUGGCCGUCGUAAAGGGCCCGCAAGGGGUCCAGAAUCGACACAUUUACAACCGAGCCUCAUACCUUUACCAAGCCGCAUCAUACCUCGCCAGUCAGCAUCCUCAUCACCCUCACGAUGCUGCAACAAAAUCAUCAUCCGCUAGCCAAGAGCACAGUGCUUCGACACCAAGAGCCAAUGGGCAGAGUUCGUUGCACAACCUAUCCCGCCAAAUGAUCUCCAGCAUGCGGGCUGUGACCUUGAAGGCGCAAAUUCGCCAAACACCGGCCCUGAAGCAAACCAUCUGCAAAUUUUGCGACACCGUCCUGGUCGAAGGCAGGACCUGCACCUCCACUGUGGAGAACGCCAGCAAAGGCGGUAGGAAACCGUGGGCGGACGUUCUCACGAUUCGGUGCAAGACGUGCAGUCAUGUCAAGAGAUAUCCAGUCAGUGCUCCUAAGCAGAAGAGGCGUGCCCUGAGGAACCUAAAUCAGGCAGAGCCGGCAAAGGACUCACCUGAAGAUGGCGAAGUCCAAGAAGUAUCUCCGACAACAUGA